GAAUUAUUGGAUGCAAAAUUGCAAACAUAUUAUCACAACAAUUAGAAUGAGUAAAUUCUAUAUCCUCUUUUCAAUACUUUAAGUUAUCUUAUCAAUAAUACUUUUGAUCUAUGUAUGAAAUAUAUACAACUAGAUUAUGACAGACCCGAUCCGAAAGUACUUAAUCAUUUUAAUUACAAUAGUUUACAUCAAUCAAUUGUUGUAGAAGCAGAAGUGAUACUAACCUUGGCUAUCCUUAUUGAUAUCUCCUUACGGAUAAUAGCAGAAAGGAAGGUAUUUAUUAUUUCUCUAUUUAUUAAGCAAUUUUUUAAAGACAAAUGGAAUCUCAUAGAUUUGGGUUCCUUUAUUCUUAUUUUAAUAUUACUUCUCUUUUUCUAUAUGAUCACCAAGUACAUAAUAAUUAUGAUAUUUAAGUGAGUUUGCUGCUAUUAUUGAUGAUGUAAUUGGAUUGGUUGUCAUGGUUUUGCGAUACAUAGUCUAAAUUGUCAGACUAGCUCUUUUAAUUAAAUAGUAAGAAUAGUAUUAAUUAGAUCACAUAAAGUUAAACAACUCUAAUAAAUAGAUGAUAUCAAAUUUGAAUAAGUUGACAAGUAAAAUGAAGAUAGCACAGAAAAACAAUAACCUGAUACAAAUUUAUGA